AUGCCGAAACGUCAGCCGCAGAACCCAAUCCAGGCGGCUGUGAGAACAUGGCUGAAAACGCAGCAGCCGCCAGCUGGCCAAGAGGCGAAGACUUGGGAAGAAACCCUUCUAUCGUCCGCGCCGAAGCGCUUCGUCAUCUACGAGCCACUGGCGCUUCUCCCUUCCGGCAGUUUCAGCAACCGCAUGUGGACAGAUGUGUUGGAGGCAUGCGCAGCAGACUCUCGUGUCGCCCUGUGGACACUACUGCUGAAGGAGCUGUCCUUGGUCGCCAAGAGUCCGCUGACGAACCUUGCAAUCAACGAAGGGAUACCGCUUCAAAAAGACGGCGAGUCGGGCGAGGAGAAUGUGCUGCGCAGCCCUACCGGUCUGCGCAUGCUCCACGGCGAUUUCGGCCCUCCUCGCACUCAAGGCACGACACCCACCCGGCAGGAAUUUGACGACGCCUUUUGGGUAUCGACGAAGCAAAACGGCAUACGCCAGACGUGGGCGCCCCGGUGGACAAUGUUCAGCCGCGGAAACGUCAAGGAAAAGGCCAGGCUGCUGGCAUUCAAGAGCGCAAAGUCGGCCACCUCCUUCUCCGCCGCGGACCAGCAGCCCUGGGCCGUGGACCUGUACGGCGGCAUCGGCUACUUCGUCUUCUCGUACGCGUCCCUCGGGAUGCGCGUGCUAUGCUGGGAGAUCAAUCCCUGGAGCGUCGAGGGCCUGCGCCGCGGCGCGCGGGCCAACGGCUGGGGCGUCAAGGUCGUGUCCGACGCGGCGGAGCUCGCCCGGCCCGUCGAGGAGCUCCUGGAGGGCGGCGAGCAGAUUGUCGUCUUCCUGGAGGACAACCAGUGCGCACGGGACAGGAUCCUGCGGCUGCAGCGGGACGAGGUCGGGGUCGCCAGAAACGUCGCGCACGUCAACGGCGGCUUCCUGCCCACGAGUGAGCCGACGUGGGAGGCGUCGUGGGAGGUGGCGCGGCGGAGCACGGCUCCGCAGACGUGGCUGCACUUGCAUGAGAACGUGGGCGUGCAUGACAUUGCGGCGCGCAGGGCGGAGAUAGAGGGGCGAUUCAGGAGGUGGAACGAUGUUCGGGAGACGUCGCGAACGGUGACGGUCAGUCAUGUGGAACAGGUCAAGACGUUUGCGCCAGGUGUAUGGCAUUGCGUCUUUGAUGUAUGCAUUGAGGCGCCGCAGAUAUAA